AUGCGGUUCAAGCACGCCGUCACCAAAGCCAACUGGAACGGAGAGACAAAAAUGUGGGAGGUGCACGCUACCGUGAAAGGCGAGGAAGAGACUGUGUUAUUUACCAGUCACUUCUUAUUCCUGGGCACAGGCUACUACGACUACGAGACGCCUCUGCAGACAACUAUCCCCGGAAUCGACAAGUUCGAGGGCAAAGUGAUCCACCCUCAGUUCUGGCCCAAAGAUUACGACUACACCGACAAGGAGGUUGUCGUCAUUGGCAGCGGAGCCACGGCUGUCACAGUCUUGCCUGCCAUGACAGACAAAGCAAAGAGGGUCACGAUGCUGCAGAGGAGCCCUACGUACAUUAUGGCACGACGGAACAAGUCGGCUCUUCAGAACGUGCUGUUUGCUUUCCUGCCUACCAUGCUUGCCCACUUUCUCAACCGCAUGUUCUGCAUCUUGACCAGCAUUCUCACCACGUGGUUCUGUCGAACAUUUCCUGGUGCUGCAAAGGCCUUGGUCCGCAGCUUGACGGUCUCGCAGCUGCCACCUUCCAUCAAGCACGACCCUCAUUUCAAACCGCGGUACAACCCUUGGGAGCAGCGUUUCUGCGCCAGCUUGGAUGGCGAUUUUUUCCAAGCAUUGAGGGGAGGCAAGGCCGACAUUGUGACAGACACGAUCAAGCAGAUCACGGAGAAGAGCAUCGAGCUCGAGUCGGGUGCCUCCUUGCACCCCGACGUGAUCGUUACCGCUACCGGCCUGAAACUCAAAUUUGGCGGCGGCGUCAACAUGUCGGUUGAUGGCAAACCGAUCAAUCUUUCAGAGAUGUUUGCCUGGAAGUCAGCUAUGAUCCAGGACGUGCCCAACAUGCUGUUCCUGACGGGCUACGAAACUGCGUCGUGGACGCUGGGUGCCGACGUCAACAUGCACAUGUUCCUGCAUCUGCUGCGGGAGAUGAAGAAGAGAAACGCACAAGUUGCUGUGCCGAGGGUGUCCAAGCCGAUGAAGGAAGUGUCCAUGAUGAAACUCAAGUCUACGUACUUCAAGGUAGGUGGACAUGUUUUUCCAAAAGGUGGCCAGGGGCAGUGGGAGCCCAAGGCUGACUACCUGACGGAUCUCGCUGCUGCGAAAUGGGGGGAUGUGGUCACCGAUAUGGAGUUUUCGUAG